AUGCUGCCGACCUCGCGGGUCGUGCAGCUGCUUGAGCAGCGACAGCAACGCCACGCGCCACUCGAAGGGUUCCCAACUGCAGCACGGAUUGGCGACUUGCCCUUGUUUCUCGGUGAAGCACGAGCUGCUCAAGACGUUGCAUUUCUAACGACGAAUGAUGUUCAAGCGGUUAUUGCAUUGGGUACAGGUGAUCUCACUGGGCAGUCAUGUGCCGUCCUGCUCGUCGAUAUCCUCGACAUGGAAGACGAGCUUCUCCUGCCUCAUUUCCAAGCGUGCAUCCAGUUCCUCGAUCGGUUUCUAACGCGCAACAUGGCAGUGCUCGUGCACUGCGUGUAUGGCCAGUCGCGUAGUGCAGCGAUCUGCGUGGCGUACGUCAUGGCUACUCAAGACAAGACGCUGUUGGAAGCAUACGACAUUGUGCAGCACGCUCGCCCAUGCAUUUCGAUCAAUACGGGAUUCUUGCGGCAAUUGGACUUGUUUGAAAAGAUGCAAAGCGAACCGAACUGCAUGGGCAGCACGUCUGCCCAUGCCGAGUUGCGGACGAUGAUGGCGCAACAACAGCGAAGAAAGACAGGAGCAGCCGAUGUCGUCGGCACCGUGCAGCUCACACAGUCGGGUAGCUCGGUCUGUUGUCGGAAGUGCAAUCACGUGCUGUGUACGACAAGCAACCAGCUGUCGCACAUGAACCCGGACGAAGUCGCUCGCGGUGGACGCUGUGCUGGACUGUUCAUCGAACCGAUGGCGUGGAUGACGAAGGACCCUGUCUUCAUUCGUAACAGCGCUGGCAAGCUGCUUUGCCCGUCGUGCAACGCCAAACUCGGCUCGUGGAAUUGGAUGGGUGUCAAAUGCAACUGUAAAUGCUUCGUCGCCCCGGCGUUUCAGUUGGUUCCAAGCAGAGUGCAGCAGCGUGCGUUCAGUGUGAAGUGA